AUGGGAUCUAUUGCAUUCGGAUCGCCUCGAGUCUUGAGGGCUGCGGGCCUUCCUUACUUCACCCCGGCCAAUAAUGCCGGCGCUGCUCUGAACCCUCAAGAUCCCAACACCCCGACCUUGUUUCGACCACUACAAAUCCGAGAUGUUACACUUAAAAAUCGAGUCAUGGUCGCGCCCAUGUGCAUGUACUCAACUGAAUCCGAUCCAGCCUCACCAGCAAUUGGUGCUCUGACCGAUUUUCACGUUGCCCACCUUGGUCAUCUAGCAGCUAAGGGUGUGGGGCUUGUGAUCAUCGAAGCAACGGCCGUACAGCCAAAUGGCAGAAUUUCCCCAAAUGACUCUGGCCUCUGGCAAGAAGGGACUGAAUCCGAACAAUUCAAAGGCCUUCAGCGCGUGGCAAAUUUCAUACAUAGCCAGGGUGCCAAAGUAGGAAUUCAAUUAGCCCACGCCGGCCGGAAGGCCAGUUGUGUCGCACCCUGGUUGUCAUCAGAAGGGAAAAAGAGCAGCAUUAAAGCCGACGAAAAUGCUCAUGGCUGGCCUUCUAAUGUCGUUGGUCCGUCUGGUGGCGAGGAGCAUAUCUGGACAUCAGGAGACAAGUAUUGGCCGCCUCGAGAGCUGAGUACGUCAGAAGUGGAAGAACUUGUGCAGGCAUUUGCACGAAGUGCGAAACUUGCUAUCCAGGCCGGCGUGGAUGUGAUUGAGAUUCACGGAGCGCAUGGAUACCUGCUGAACGAGUUCUUAAGCCCAGUCACAAACCGCCGCACCGAUAAAUAUGGCGGCGACUUCUCGAACCGCGUUCGAAUUGUGCAGGAGGUUAGCAAUGCCGUUCGAGCUGCUAUUCCAGCUGGAACACCUUUAUUCCUCCGCAUCAGCGCCACAGAAUGGUUAGAAGGACAACCAGUUGCAGAAACAACCGGUAGCUGGGAUAUGCCCUCGUCGUCAAAGUUGGCAAAACUACUCCCUGAACUUGGCGUGGACCUUUUGGAUGUUAGUUCCGGUGGUAAUCACAAGGACCAGAAGGUUCAGCCUCAUACCAAUUAUCAAAUCGAUCUUGCUGGUCAACUACGCAAAGAGAUCCGUCAAUCUGGUCAGAAGACGCUAGUUGGUGCUGUAGGUCUCAUUACGGAGGCCGACGCUGCUAAGGAUAUUAUCCAGGGCGCACAUGAAGCGGUUGAGACCGAGGGUCUUCUUUCUGGACCAGAGCCUAAAGCUGAUGCAGUGUUGAUGGCGCGCCAAUUUCUUCGAGAGCCUGAGUGGGUCUUUACAGCUGCCAAGAAGCUGGGCGUCCCAGUGUCUCUGCCCCAUCAGUUUGCGCGCGGCUUGCUUUGA